AUGUGGUCGAUUUUGUAUUGGACAACUGUUUGUCUGUUUUUUCUGAUGGCCAUAUUCCUACUGCAUAUUCCACUUCCUCCGGAAAUUGCUGAUCGAAAGAAAUUGCAAGUAUUGGAGAUUCUAUUGCGGAUCGGCUACGAGUAUCCGGGUGAUUUGAUCGAAUAUUUAUUCGGACCUCGAAUUCGAAAUCAGUACAUUCGAUUCUUAAUAGCUAUUGGAUACAUUAUUCCCUGGCCAUCUCCAUCGCAUAUGAAGUAUAUUGCUGGUACAAGCGUAAGAGUUUAUACGCCAUGUGAGAAACGGGGACGAUCGGCUUUAGUUUUUAUUCACGGUGGCGGCUGGGCAACUAUGAGAGCAGUCUACUAUGACGACUUAAUUGGCACUUUUGUGAAGCGCCUUGGAGUGACUGUAUUCUCGAUCGAUUAUCGAUUAGCUCCAGAAUAUCCUUUUCCGUGUCCAGUUGAUGACUGUGAAGCUGUCGUGACAGGCUUGUUCUAUAUAAAUUUCAAUAACCGUGAUCAAAUCUGCAUUGCUGGUGAUAGCGCUGGUGGAAACCUUGCUGCUGUUGUUGUGCAACGACUGUCAAGAAGAGAUGAGCACUUUAUUAAGUGUCAAGUGCUCAUUUAUCCUGUAAUUCACGUAUUCGGAUUUCAACUCCCUUCAUACCUGGCCUAUUAUGAAAAAUACAAUGGUACAUCGUUACUGAAUCCUCGUGCUAUGGCUCGAUGGAUUCUUCUCUAUCUGGGAUUGCCAGCGAGUAGACGGAACGUCGAAAGACUAAUUGCAAAUCAAAAUCCUUGCGAUGGUUGGCCACACUGUAGAACAUCCGAAAAAAUCUCUGAAAUCAAACACCAGCAAGAUAUUCUAUUCGAAACAUUUUCAACAAAAGGAGUUAAUCCGGAUGUUUCGCCAUUACUUGGUGUACGAAGAGAUCUUCCACCCGCUAUGGUGUUAACAGCUGAAUACGAUCUAUUAAGAGACGAGGGAAUUCAGUAUGUUAGAAAAUUGCAGGAAGAAGGCGUUCCAUGUGAAUGGAGACACUAUAAAUCAGCAUUUCACGGAAUAUGUAAUAUGCCGUAUAGUUUAGUAAGAAGUGAUAUGUCUAGAGAUAUUUGUUGUUAUUUAAAGAAUUUUAUUUAA